AUGGCUGAGUUUACAAGCUACAAAGACACUGCUUCCAGCCGCCACCUGCGGUUCAAGUUACAGAGUCUAAGCCGCCGCCUUGAUGAGUUGGAGGAAGCCACAAAAAACCUCCAGAAAGCAGAGGAUGAGCUCCUGGACCUCCAGGACAAGGUGAUUCAGGCGGAAGGCAGCAAUUCCAGCAUGUUAGCCGAGAUUGAAGUGCUGCGCCAGCGAGUGCUGAGGAUCGAAGGCAAAGAUGAGGAAAUCAAGAGAGCAGAGGACCUCUGUCAGCUGAUGAAGGAGAAGCUUGAAGAGGAGGAAAACCUCACCCGGGAGCUGAAAUCUGAGAUUGAGCGGCUUCAGAAACGGAUGGCGGAAUUGGAGAAGCUAGAGGAGGCCUUCAGCAGGAGUAAGAAUGACUGCACCCAGCUCUGUCUGAGCCUGAAUGAGGAGAGAAACCUGACGAAGAAGAUCUCCUCGGAGCUGGAAAUGCUCCGGGUCAAAGUGAAAGAACUGGAGUCUUCCGAGGACCGGCUGGAUAAGACCGAGCAGAGUUUAGUGUCCGAGUUAGAGAAGCUGAGGUCGCUCACUCUGAGCUUCGUAAGCGAGAGAAAAUACUUGAAUGAAAAGGAGAAAGAAAACGAGAAACUGAUAAAAGAGCUUACUCAGAAAUUAGAGCAGAACAAAAAAAUGAACCGGGAUUACGCCAGGAAUGCUUCUAAUCUUCUGGAAAGGAACGACCUGCGGAUUGAAGAUGGUAUCUCUUCCACACUGCCGUCCAAAGAAUCAAGAAGGAAGGGCGCUCUGGACUAUCUGAAGCAGGCAGAGAAUGAAACAAGAAACAAGUCAGAAAACGAAAAGAACCGAAAUCAGGAAGACAACAAAGUAAGAGACCUUAACCAAGAGAUUGAGAAACUUAAGACACAGAUCAAGCAUUUUGAAUCUUUGGAGGAAGAGCUUAAGAAAAUGAGGGCCAAAAAUAAUGAUCUUCAGGAUCAUUACCUAAGUGAACAAAAUAAAAACAAACUCUUAGCCAGCCAGCUGGAGGAGAUAAAGCUACAAAUCAAGAAACAGAAAGAAUUGGAGAACGGGGAGGUGGCAGGGGAAGACGCUUUCCUCUCCAGCAGAGGCAGGCAUGAGAGGACUAAGCUGAGAGGCCAUGGGAAUGAGGCGUCAGUGAAGCACACGGCCCGGGAACUGUCCCCUCAGCAUAAGCGGGAAAGGCACCGGAACAGGGGGUUGGCUCUCAGCAAUGAGAGCCCUCUGAACAACAGGCAGGUUUCCUCUCCCAGCGUUACCAGCAGCAGGGCAGCCAAAGCUUCCCACGCAGGGCCAGGUGCAGACAGUGGGGCUCAGGAGACGAGGAGAGCCGAAGAUCGAUUCACGUCUGGCUCCUCGCAGAGUGAAGGGAAGAAGUCCAGGGAGCAGCCGUCGGUGCUCAGCCGCUACCCACCAGCCGCUCAGGAGCACAAUAAGGUCUGGAAGGGCGCUCCCAAGCCAGGUACUGAGAGUGGGUUGAAGGGAAAAGUAGAGAAGGCAACGCGAACGUUUAGUGAUAACACCCAUGGAUCUGUUUCCAAUGACGUGCUGGGGAGAGGUGACAAGGCUUCUGACACCUCCACUGAGGCCCCCUUUGGCAAGAGGGGGCAUGUGCCUGGCAGUGGAAGUCAAACAACUCAGGCUGCAGAUGCUGGCAGCUCUAAAGCCAUUGGAGCCCUGGCCACAUCUCGACGAUCUUCCUCAGAAGGGCUCUCUAAGGGGAAAAAGGCCGCCAGUGGCCUGGAGGCUGACACCAGUUUCCCCAGUUCCAAGACUCCACCUCUAUCAAAGUAUCCGUAUAGCUCCAGGAGCCAAGAGAACAUCCUUCAGGGCUUUUCAACCCAAAAUAAAGAAGGAGUUGAACAACCUGUGGCAGUUGUGAUGGAAGACAGUAGUCAGCAUGAGGCCCUGAGGUGUCGAGUCGCCAAGUCCAGUAGCAGAGAGAAGCCGGACUCGGACGACGACAUGGACGUGGUGUCUCUUGUUACUGCCAAGUUGGUGAACACGACCAUCACUCCAGAGCCAGAACCCCCGCAGCAUCCCCACUCGAGAGAAAAGGCCAAAUCCCGGGGAGCGGUUAGAGCCUCCCUGUUUGAGAAUGAUAAAGACGUGGGAACAGAAAAUGAGUCUGGGAAAGCUGUCAGAGCCUCCGCCAAUGCCAUGGAGCUCCCAGAGGCCAACGGCCCCGGGGCAAAAAGCCAGCGGCCCUUCAGCCCCAGAGAGGCCUUGCGGUCUAGAGCCAUCAUCAAACCUGUCAUCAUUGAUAAGGAUGUGAAAAAAAUCAUGGGAGGAUCCGGAACCGAGGCCUCAUUGGAAAAACAGAAAUCUGCUUCCAGACCAGGGCCAAACAAAGUGACCAGCAGCAUAACUAUCUACCCCUCGGAUAGUGGCAGCCCGCGAGCUGCUCCAGGCGAGGCCCCGCGUGAGAGGCACACGUCCACCGGCAACAUCCAGGUCGGGCUGCCGGAGCCCGCCUCAGUGAGCAACCACGUCAGCGCCCCCUUUGAGCUCUCCAUUCACAAACACGACAUCACCCUGCAGUUCAGUGAAGCGGAGAGAACGGGAGAUGGGUCCCCGAAGAACAGGCCGGAAACGGUGGUCUCUCGGAGCAGCAUUAUAAUCAAGGCGUCGGACCCUGUGGAGAGGAGCAGCCAUGCGCCCACAGCAGAGACGAUCAGGUGGAAAAGCCAUAGUGCGCCUUCAGAAGCGGGCGCUUCGGAUGCCAGACACGUCACUGUGCGCAACGCCUGGAAGAGCAGGCGAGACGUGAACUCUUCAGAAGACUCCCCAGGUCGGGUAGGUAAACACGCGGAGUCUCCCAACCUCCACACCCAGAGAUCGUCCACAGACUGUUCAGACUUUGAACAGCCCGGCUCGUACCUUUCUGAGCAGGGCACUCGAAGGAGCGGAACCUCCGGGGACGCCCCCGAGCUCGCCUGCAGAAGGACCCAGAGCAGCCUCACCGUGUCGGAGGUGUUCACGCGGCGGAGUCGGGCAGGGGACGCCGUCCCAUCUGAGGCCUGGAACCACUCAGCAGGCACGGAGGAAGGGGACGACUGCACCCUCAGCGUCUACAGACGACUGCACAACUCCCUCGAGAGGUCUGAACUGUCCGUGAAGCAGGGGCCGCUGGAGCCCGGGCGCACGCGGGCUGAGGAGCGGUUGCGGCCCACCAGGCCCUGUGCCGAGGACAACUGA